GCCACAUGCAGUAUAGUAAGGCAUGUUACUCAAACCCGAUUAUCUAUUUUACAUCUAAUGGAGGAAUACAAAGCCGUAAUUAACUCAUCAACCCAGCUCAUUCAGCAGGAGAAUGUCAUAAUGUCCGAAGAUGUUUGUCGAGAUUAUUUACGGAAUGUGUGUACCAGAGGCAACCGUUGUAAAUACAAACAUCCUAGGUGUGAAGAAGAACCCAAGGAUAUCAUUCAACUUCGACCUGGUGGUAUGGUAUUUUGCCAUGAUUUCCAAAAUACUGUGUGUACCAGGCUAAGUUGCAAAUUUGUUCAUCGAUCACGACAAGAUGAAGACUACUACAAACUCACUGGUGAACUUCCAAAACCCAACGCUGAGCUUAUUGCUUCCAACGGAAAUCAAGAGAGCAUUUUUGAAAGGGAAGUACCACUUUGCAAAGAUUUCUUGAAGCGGGAGUGUCAACGAGGGAAAAAAUGCAAAUUUCUACAUUUGCCUGAAUCUAGAGGCUACCAAAACAAAACAGAGGAAUCUGACAUUCCUGAUGCCAAAAGACGGCACAAUGAAGACCUUGACAAGCUUGAAUAUGGUUUCAGAAUGGGAGAAAGGAUGGUUGGCAAUCCUUCCCCCCUGUGUUCUAAUUGUAAACCAAUAAGCUUUCAUGCAAAAUCCCAUUCAUUUUGUAUGCAUACCACUGGAUCAAACCAUUUAGAGUUAUGUGUUCUUCAUGAGGAAAACUUAUUAUUAAGGAAAAAAGUUGAGGAUUUGAAAAAACAAGUUGGGGAUCUUUUAGCGACAAACGAAUUUUUACUAGAGCAAAAUGCUCAUUUCCGAAUUCAAGGAAAAUUUUCAACGUCAACCAGCAUAGCUACUGUAACUUUGCCAACCGUAACCUUGCCCAGCUCUGUCACAGUUCCAGUUACAACCUCCGUAACAGCAUUAGGCCCACUGGCUUCGCUAUCAUCGGUUCAAACUGCACAGGCUUUGGUGACCACUCAGUCGCAACCAACGUUGACUGCCUCCAUACCGUUUGCUACUUCAGUUCCUUUGACUCAACCAUCCCAAUUGGCAACGACAAUAGCCACCACUUUAGGCAUUGCUCCGGUCACAAUCAAUCAGACUACUGCGUUAGCCACUCAAAAUCCGACGCUUUCAGCUGCUACAGCGACUGUGACGUUGACCCCUACAAUCAAUGCAGCAGCGCUGCAGCUUCAAGGACCACAUCUUUCGGAUUCGGCAUUGGCAUUUAGUGCUUCCAAUGGAGGAUCUCUUGUUUCCUAUCCAAUCAUGACCCAAAGUAUCUUGGCGCCAUCGGAACUCAGGUCUACGCAUUGUGGCGUAGCUGAUUUGUUUCGUUGAAAUGUAGUCAUUGUGAUGCUUCUCAUAACUUUUAAUCCUCCGAGUCUGCUGAUACUUUCGCACGAGGACGCCGAAAUCCGGAAGUUAUGCGUUUUUAGUUUGUUUUUUUUUUACUCAUUUUCUAAAACAGGUUUUGUUACGAGAUGUCCGUGUAACUCCAUAAUGAUUGUUGUUUUCCACUUUGUUUAUAGAAAGACGAGUUAAACUUCUGACCUUGUAUAUCUUUCCCUUUUUACGGAAAUCGCUAGCAAUAGAGAAAUGGAACGCAUCAAGAAAUGGCUUUUCAGUAAA